UCCGGGGACGCCUCGGCCGUCGUCGCUGCAACCCGGCCGGCAGAGAUGGGCACGGAAGCCGGCGAAGGCAUCACUUUCUCCGUGCCACCUCUCGCCACCUCGGGUUUCUGCGCUUUCCCCGAGGGUGGCGGCGGCGGAUGCCGGAGGGCAGCGCCGGGGACCGAGGGGGAAGCGAACCAGCUACCGCCGCCGCCGCCGCCACCACCGGGCAGCUUCUGGAACGUGGAGAGCGCCUCCACUGCUGGCACCACCGGGUGCCCUGCUGCCACCCCCGGGAGCAGCGCCCCCCGGGGCCGGGGUAACUCCGGCAGCUCGAGUGGACGACGGACCACGGUGGCAUAUGUGAUCAACGAGGCGAGCCAGGGGCAGCUGGUGGUGGCCGAGAGCGAGGCCCUGCAGAGCCUGCGGGAGGCGUGCGAGGCGGUGGGUGCCACCCUGGAGACCCUGCAUUUCGGGAAACUGGACUUCGGGGAGACCACGGUGCUGGACCGCUUCUACAAUGCAGAUAUCGCUGUGGUGGAGAUGAGCGAUGCCUUCCGGCAGCCGUCCUUGUUUUACCACCUUGGAGUGCGAGAAAGCUUCAGUAUGGCCAACAACAUCAUCCUCUACUGUGACACUAACUCUGACUCGCUGCAGUCCCUGAAGGAAAUCAUUUGCCAAAAGAAUACUAUGUGCACUGGCAACUACACCUUCAUCCCCUACAUGGUGACUCCGCAUAACAAAGUCUACUGCUGUGACAGCAGCUUCAUGAAGGGCUUGACGGAACUCAUGCAGCCCAACUUUGAGCUGUUGCUGGGGCCCAUCUGCCUACCUCUUGUGGACCGCUUCAUCCAGCUUUUGAAGAUGGCACAAGCAAACUCCAGCCAGUAUUUUCGGGAAUCUAUCCUCAAUGAUAUCAGGAAAGCUCGGAAUUUAUACACUGGUAAGGAACUAGCAGCUGAAUUGGCAAGAAUUCGCCAGCGAGUGGAUAAUAUUGAACUCUUGACAGCAGACAUCGUCAUCAAUCUGUUACUUUCCUACAGAGAUAUACAGGACUAUGAUUCCAUUGUGAACCUGGUAGAGACUUUAGAAAAACUGCCAACCUUUGAUUUGGCCUCGCAUCACCAUGUGAAGUUUCAUUAUGCAUUUGCACUGAAUCGGAGAAAUCUCCCUGGAGACAGAGCCAAGGCUCUGGAUAUUAUGAUUCCCAUGGUGCAAAGCGAAGGGCAGGUCGCUUCAGAUAUGUACUGCCUCGUGGGCCGAAUCUACAAGGACAUGUUUUUGGACUCGAAUUUCACCGACAUUGAAAGUAGAGACCAUGGAGCUUCUUGGUUCAAAAAGGCAUUUGAGUCUGAGCCAACACUACAGUCCGGAAUUAACUAUGCCGUCCUCCUCCUGGCAGCCGGGCACCAGUUUGAAUCUUCCUUUGAGCUUCGGAAAGUUGGAGUGAAGCUAAGCAGCCUGCUUGGUAAAAAAGGAAACUUGGAAAAACUCCAAAGCUACUGGGAAGUUGGAUUUUUUCUGGGAGCCAGUGUCCUGGCCAAUGACCACCUGAGGGUCAUUCAAGCCUCGGAGAAGCUUUUCAAACUGAAGACACCAGCAUGGUACCUCAAGUCUAUUGUGGAGACAAUUUUGAUAUAUAAGCACUUUGUGAAAGUGACCAUGGAACAGCCCAUGGCUAAGCAGGAACUUGUGGACUUUUGGAUGGAUUUCCUGGUUGAAGCCACAAAAGCAGAUGUUACUGUAGUGAGGUUUCCAGUGUUAAUAUUAGAACCAACCAAAAUCUAUCAGCCUUCUUACUUGUCCAUCAACAAUGAAGUGGAGGAAAAGACAAUAUCUAUUUGGCAUGUGCUUCCUGAUGACAAGAAAGGUAUACAUGAGUGGAAUUUCAGUGCUUCCUCUGUCAGAGGAGUGAGUAUUUCUAAAUUUGAGGAACGGUGCUGUUUUCUGUAUGUUCUCCACAAUUCUGAUGAUUUCCAAAUUUAUUUCUGUACAGAACUUCACUGUAAAAGGUUUUUUGAAAUGGUGAACACCAUUACUGAAGAGAAGGGGAGAGGCACGGAGGAAGGGGACUGUGAGAGCGACUCUCUGGAGUAUGACUAUGAAUAUGAUGAAAAUGGUGACAGAGUUGUAUUAGGAAAAGGUACUUACGGGAUAGUCUACGCUGGUCGAGACCUGAGCAACCAGGUCAGGAUUGCUAUUAAGGAAAUCCCAGAGCGAGAUAGCAGAUACUCUCAGCCCCUGCACGAAGAAAUAGCCUUGCACAAGCAUCUGAAGCACAAAAAUAUUGUCCAGUAUCUGGGCUCAUUCAGCGAGAAUGGCUUCAUUAAAAUCUUCAUGGAGCAGGUCCCCGGAGGAAGUCUUUCUGCUCUCCUGCGUUCCAAAUGGGGCCCACUGAAAGACAAUGAGCAAACAAUUGGCUUUUAUACAAAGCAAAUAUUGGAAGGAUUAAAAUACCUCCAUGACAAUCAGAUUGUUCACCGGGAUAUAAAGGGUGACAAUGUAUUGAUUAACACCUAUAGUGGGGUCCUCAAGAUCUCUGACUUCGGCACAUCAAAGAGGCUGGCGGGCAUAAACCCAUGUACCGAAACUUUUACUGGUACCCUUCAGUACAUGGCACCAGAAAUAAUCGAUAAAGGACCCCGAGGCUACGGAAAAGCAGCAGACAUUUGGUCUUUGGGCUGUACAAUCAUCGAAAUGGCCACGGGAAAGCCACCCUUUUACGAACUAGGGGAGCCACAGGCAGCCAUGUUCAAGGUGGGGAUGUUUAAAGUCCACCCUGAGGUCCCAGAGUCCAUGUCUGCAGAGGCCAAGGCAUUCAUACUGAAGUGCUUUGAACCAGACCCUGACAAGAGAGCCGGUGCCAAUGACCUGCUUAUUGAUGAAUUCUUAAAAGUCUCCAGCAAAAAGAAAAAGACGCAACCCAAGCUUUCAGCUCUCUCGACGGGAUCAAAUGAGUAUCUUCGGAGCAUCUCCCUGCCCGUCCCGGUGCUCGUGGAAGACACGAGCAGCAGCAGCGAGCACGGCUCCGUCUCACCCGACGCAGAGCUGAAGGUGGACCCCUUCUCCUUCAAAACCAGAGCCAAGUCCUGCGGAGAAAAGGAUGUGAAAGGAAUGCGGACACUGUUUUUGGGCAUUCCAGAUGAAAACUUUGAGGAUCACAGUGCCCCCCCUUCCCCUGAGGAAAAAGACUCGGGAUUCUUUAUGCUAAGGAAGGACAGCGAGAGAAGAGCUACUCUUCACCGGAUCCUGACAGAAGACCAAGACAAGAUUGUGAGGAACUUAAUGGAAUCCCUAGCUCAGGGGGCUGAGGAACCUAAAUUAAAGUGGGAACACAUCACAACCCUCAUCGUGAGCCUCAGAGAGUUUGUGAGGUCCACUGACCGGAAGAUCAUAGCCACCACGCUGUCCAAGCUGAAGCUGGAGCUGGACUUCGACAGCCAUGGCAUCAGCCAGGUGCAGGCGGUCCUGUUUGGCUUCCAAGAUGCGGUCAAUAAAGUUCUUCGGAAUCAUAACAUCAAACCCCACUGGAUGUUUGCCCUGGACAGCAUCAUCCGAAAGGCCGUGCAGACAGCUAUCACCAUUCUGGUGCCAGAACUGAGGCCACAUUUUAGCCUGGCAUCCGAGAGUGACACAGCUGAUCCAGAAGACUUGGAUGUGGAAGAGGACCACGAGGAGCCACCUUCCAAUCCAACUGUCCAAAGACCUCAAGCCGUCAUUGAGGACGCUGUGGCUACCUCAGGGGUGAGCACGCUUAGCUCCACUGUAUCCCAUGAUUCCCAGAAUGCUCACCGCUCGCUCAAUGUGCAGCUUGGCAGGAUGAAAAUAGAAACCAACAGAUUGCUUGAAGAAUUGGUUCAGAAAGAGAAAGAAUUACAAGCACUCCUUCAUCAAGCUAUUGAAGAAAAAGAUCAAGAGAUUAAACACCUGAAGCUUAAGUCCAAACCAAUAGAUAUUCCUGGGCUGCCUGCAUGCCACUUGAAUUCUCCAGGCCCAACCACCGAGGACUCUGAACUGACUGACUGGCUGAGAGGAAAUGGAGCUGAUGAAGACACUAUAAUUCGGUUUCUGGCUGAGGAUUAUACACUAGUGGACAUUCUCUACUAUGUUACACGUGAUGAUUUAAAAUGCCUCAGACUAAGGGGUGGGAUGCUGUGCACACUGUGGAAGGCCAUCAUUGAUUUUCGAGACAAGCACACUUGACUUUGCUCGAGUUCAUCUUCAGAGGAUAUUCUGAACAUUAACACAGACCUGAUCUUCUCGGGGGAGGGCAUGUGGAAUGGAGAGGAGAAAUAAAGCUGCACUUUAAAUCCAGUAUUUGUUUACUUACGUUAAGAACGAAAUAGACAAAACACACUGAAAUUUCCUAACUGCUUCUGUUUCUACAGUUCUUCAAGACGCUUCACGAAGACGUUCAAAAUAAUCCCAGUGUUCUGAUGUUGACGAUUAUGUUAGUGUAAACAUUUUUAUGGAGAUAUUUUUAACUCAGCAGCCAUCUCACUUCAGCCAAAUGUUUAUCUCACACGAAACAGCUAGAAUAGUUCAUGUGAUUGUAUACCACUGGAACAAAACCAAAAUGUGACCACAACUUCUUAGGAUUAUGUGUGUUUGUCAUGUACCCUGAGCAUCUGAGUAGAAAUGCAUAAUUUCAAUCACUGUAUAAAGAUUGUGUUGUUUUUUUAAAGUGUGCAGAAUCUAAGAACAAUGGUUUGUACUAUCUGUAUUAAUUGUAAUAUUGGCUUGUGUUUUGUAACUUAAGUUUCUGGUUUGUGAUGUGUUUGUUUUGAGGUGUGUAUGUACUACUGAACUGCACCAGUUGCACAUGCCUGGAUCAUAGUAAUGUUAGCUUGUUCUAAAGCUAUCCAUUGUGUCAUAUUUGCUCUACAAAGUAAAGAGACUCCAACAUACAAUUUUUAUGAAGUCCAAAGAAUUCUUACUCUGUGAUGAUGAGCUAAAUGACUACGUUAAAUUUCUAGUUGUUUCUUGAACUAUGGCAUUAAGUAGAAUUUGUCUUCUCUUCCAGUAAUGAAAGGAUAGCUGAUAUCAAAUAGUUCUUUGGGGGCAACAGAGGGAUAUAAAAGAGAGAAAAAUGAGAAUAAAGAAAAUUCAGUAUAUUUUUCUCAAAGCCCCAAGAUAUCUGAAUAAGAAUAUUACUAUUGGACAUAAAUAACCCAAUGGGAAUGUGACCAAUUUGUUAUAUGUUUAUAUAUUAAAGUUCUAAGUAAUAAAAAAGAUUACUAUUAUGUAUCACAACAGGUCUGAAGAAAGCAUCUUAACGGAGAAUACUGUCUAUCUAUCUUCCCACUGCCAUUCUCAUAUUUGGGGGAAAUGCUUUUGAGAUAAAUAUUAUAUUCUAUAAGCCUACCCAUGUUAAUAGGACAGAUUCUGAAGCUCUAGAUGGAUUGGUAAAAUAAACAAAUUGCUUACAUACACAGGAAACUGCUUACUACACAGGAGAGAAAUAAUGUAUAACUGUCCAUGUAUUGUGACUUGACCCAUAUGUAAGUCUUUGAUAAAACAGGAAUCUUUAUUUCUAUGUGAAAAUAAAGGUUUGAUGCAUUUUUCACACUGCAUUACAGUAUA